GAUUGACGUCGAAGAAGAAAAAGAACCGAUCGGAUUACAAGAUGGCGGUCUGUGGACGUUAGCAAGAAGGCCGUUAGAGUUGUUGUGUUCUCUGUAAAUUUUACAGUUUGAUAAAAGGCCUCCUAUUGAGUUGUUUCACACCGUGAACGUAAUAUGUUUAUUAAAUAGCUACUAAUAAAUUUAACUGCUGUUGUGAACCUUACUUCGACGUGCAUGUUUUAGAACAUGCGGGUGGAAACAAAGUUAACAGGUCGAGGGUAGGAAAACACCAGACGGAGUGAGGUGGUAGCUAGCUUGUUAGCAGCCUGCUAGCUCUGACUCGGUAAACCAUGUCGGACACUCGGCGGCGAGUGAAAGUAUAUACGCUAAAUGAAGACCGGCAGUGGGACGAUCGGGGUACCGGACACGUUUCGUCUACGUUUGUUGAACGACUGAAGGGAAUAUCAUUAUUAGUUCGGGCCGAAUCAGACGGAUCUCUACUUUUGGAGUCGAAGAUAAGCCCGAAUACUGCAUAUCAGAAACAACAGGACACACUGAUUGUCUGGUCGGAAGCAGAUAAUUAUGACCUGGCCCUAAGUUUCCAGGAAAAGGCGGGAUGCGAUGAGAUAUGGGAAAAGAUUUGCCAGGUGCAAGGCAAGGACCCUGCCCUGGACAUCACCCAGGAUCCCAUUGAUGAGUCGGAGGAGGAGCGCUUUGAGGAGAUUCCAGAGACAAGUCACCUGGUGGAGCUUCCUCCUUGUGAGCUAAGCCGACUGGAGGAGAUUGCUGACCUGGUUACCUCUGUCCUGUCUUCGCCCAUCCGGAGGGAAAAACUUGCCCUGGCCCUGAUGAGUGAGGGCUACAUCAAAAAACUCCUGGGCCUCUUCAGAGUAUGUGAGGACCUGGACAACAGAGAAGGUCUCCAUCACCUCUAUGAGAUUGUCCGGGGUGUCUUGUUCCUCAAUAAAGCGGCCCUUUUUGAGGUAAUGUUCUCUGAUGACUGUAUCAUGGAUGUGGUGGGCUGCCUUGAGUAUGACCCAGCACUGGUUCAGCCUAAACGGCACCGUGAAUUCUUGACAAAGACCGCAAAGUUUAAGGAGGUGAUCCCUAUCACGGACUCAGAGCUGCGGCAGAAGAUCCACCAGACCUACCGGGUGCAGUACAUCCAGGACAUCAUCCUACCCACUCCAUCAGUGUUUGAAGAGAACUUCCUUUCCACGCUCACCUCCUUCAUCUUUUUCAACAAGGUUGAGAUUGUCAGUAUGUUGCAGGAGGAUGAAAAGUUCCUAACAGAGGUCUUUGCACAGCUCACAGAUGACGCAACAGAGGACAGUAAAAGAAGAGAGCUUGUGAACUUUGUCAAGGAAUUCUGUGCUUUUUCACAAACGCUGCAGCCACAAAACAGGGACGCUUUCUUCAAAACUCUGGCAAAUCUAGGCAUAUUACCUGCUCUCGAAAUAGUAAUGGGAAUGGAUGACCUGCAGGUGAGGGCAGCAGCUACAGACAUCUUCUCCUACCUGGUGGAAUUCAGCCCCUCCAUGGUCAGGGAGUUCGUCAUGCAGGAACCACAGCAGACAGACGAUGAUGUUCUGCUGAUAAAUGUUGUAAUCAAGCAGAUGAUUUGUGACUCUGACCCAGAGUUGGGAGGGGCUGUCCAGCUGAUGGGUCUACUCAGGACGCUCAUUGAUCCUGAGAACAUGCUGGCUUCCACCAAUAAAACUGAGAAGACAGAAUUUCUGAGUUUUUUCUACAAGUACUGCAUGCAUGUCCUUACUGCUCCUCUGCUGGCCAACACUGCACAGGACAAAAACUCCAAAGAUCUGCAGGAGGGGUCAACAAAGAUCAACCCCGUCUGUCCAGACAACUUCCAAACAGCUCAGCUGCUGGCAUUGAUCUUGGAGCUGUUGACCUUCUGUGUGGAGCACCACACCUAUCACAUCAAGACCUACAUCAUGAACAAAGACCUGCUCAGGAGAGUGCUGGUGCUCAUGAACUCAAAGCACACCUUUCUGGCUCUUUGUGCCCUGCGAUUCAUGCGAAGGAUCAUUGGUCUGAAGGAUGAGUACUACAACCGCUACAUCAUCAAAGGGAACCUAUUUGAGCCUGUCAUUAAUGCCCUGCUGGACAACGGCACCCGAUACAACCUCCUCAACUCAGCCAUCAUAGAACUCUUUGAGUUCAUUAAAGUGGAGGACAUCAAAUCUCUCAUAGCUCACAUUGUGGAUAACUUCUACAAAGCACUUGAAUCCAUUGAGUAUGUCCAGACCUUCAAGGGCCUGAAAGGCCGGUACGAGCAAGAAAAAGACAGACAGAGUCAGAGACUCAACAGAUAUCGAAGAGACGCACGGUCGUUGGACGAGGACGAGGAGUUGUGGUUCAAUGAUGACGACGAGGACGAUGAUGGAGAGGCUGUGGAGAAGAGCCGAAUGGAAGAUGACUUCUCUGACAGCUACGGCAAGUACAUGGAAGCCAAAAAAGUCUCUGGUAUUGCAGGAGCUGCCAACGGAGCUAAUGGUGCCAACAAUAACGGGAAAGCUGCAAUCUCAGCUGCCUCACCAGUCGUCACUCCAAACAACAGUCCAACUUCCUCUGUCAAAAGCGUUGCUCUUCCUGCUUCACCAGUAGUGAAGACUGCUCUGGUUGGUUUGGUGGACUACCCUGACGACGAGGAUGAAGAAGAGGAAGACGAGGAGGAGGAAGAGCAAUCUCCAAGGAAGCGGCCUCGUCUGAGCUCUUAAGGCUAAUUGUUCUCCGUUUGGUCGUAGUGGACGGACACGGAGUCCCUCCCUCCUCUGGUCGUCUCAUUGGUCCAUGGCCUGCCUGUGCUACCUGUCAGUCUCACUGAUGAGACAGGCAAAGACGAGCUUCCACCUCACCCAGUCCCUCCUGAUGCCUGCUCGUCUUUUUCCCUCAGUGGCAGGAGAGGGAGAGCUCCUCUUCUGGAAAGAAAGACAAAUCAGUCUGUUCCUUCAGCCUGUUGAUUUUACCUCUCCUCUAGGAGAUCCCAAAUCUCCUUUCCUUCUCCUGAGGAGAAACUCAAAGACCAUUUGCAAACUCAUCCCUCCAUUUUUCAUAACGCUCUCCUGCUCUCCCAGUUCUGACCUCCUCCUGAACAGCUUUCUUCUUAUCCACCAUCCUACGUACUGACCCGAGAGGCUGCGGUAGAAGUAACAUUGACAAGGCGGUUCCUACCUCUGUUCUGUUGCUAUAGCAACGGUGGCGAGGAAGCUGCGGUACUGCAGCAGCUCCACAGGAACCCUCUCAUGUCCUCAUUUACACUCUCCUUUCCAUCCUUCUCGAACCCGAACCAAUGAGCUCCCGAGCCAGAAGAAGCCAGAACGCAGCCAGCCAGUGUAAGAGGUGUUCAGCAGGCCAGUCAGGCUAGCAGGACUAGCCGUCAUAGUUGUAGAAAGCUUGACUGGCUGAAGCAGUGCUGCCCUGCCACAGGACUGUUCAAUUUUGUCGGGGAUAGAGUGAUCGAUAAGACGAGAGAGAUCACAAAUGUCAAAAUGUACCAGGAACUAAAAACUCUGCAGUAGGCUUAGAUCCAGAGGAGCAGGACUCAAACCUACAAAAGCCAUGGCGUCAGUCUGGCCAAGGCACACACAAAACACACAUCGUCUCGCACACAGGACUGCGUUAGCCAGAAAUCCUGUAUUUCAUGAAUUUGUUAAAAAGUACUGUACAGAUGUUUUUUUUCUUUCUUUUUAAUCAUUUUUCCCUGAUCUGAUUUUAAAGGGGAGAGAGAUACCUACCUACCUGUGUAUUUUUUGUUGUUGCACAAAGGUUGGGUCACUGUUCACCCUUUCAGUCCAGUUCAUUUGACUCAAUGUAAAAUGCAGAGAAGUUGCAAAUGCUGGUUUUAAAAAAAUAACGUAUUAAAACUGCAGUAAAGUCAUUUUUGCAGCCAACAUUUUGAGGAUGUCUGGAGUUUUGUAUUGUAGUGAAUUUCAGAAGUUAGUGGCGUCAUUAUGAUGUACACAUAGCCCAGGUUUUGUUUUAACAGGGUGAAAAACCUGAGCUAUUGAUGUGCUUAGACUAGAUUUAGUGCACACUUGUUCAGGAGAUUCAAGACUUGGCAGCCUUCUCUCA